UACAACACAUAACAGUCUGGUUGUAUCGUAUAUACAGUUCCCAUCUACGUAUGCUUGUUAAUGAUCCGACUAGACGGCCAAGAAAUGAAGAAUUGCAUCCUCCUUGUCUUCGGCUUGUUAGCCCUAGCAACGGCGGCUAAACUUAAUUACACCGGGCACAAGGUGAUUCGUGUUAUUCCCGAGACUAAGGAGCAGUUGGAGUUCUUGCGUGAUUGGGAAUCAAGCAGUGAAAUCGAUUUUUGGCUGCUACCGUCUAGCGCGAGACGCUUUGCAGACAUUCGCGUUAGUCCCGAAUCGUACGCUCAUGUUGCUGCCAGAUUGGCUGACAUGAAAAUGAGCCAUACCGUCCAUAUUGCUGAUGUCGGAGAACUUGAACGGCAAGAACAACACAACAUGGCACAACGCAUUGCAAUCUUUAACGGUGAAAAGGCUAUUGAUGUCGAGAAUUAUCACACGUACGAAGAGGUGAUGGCCUAUUUAGCCGAAUUGGCUAACACCAACCCAUUAGUUUCAACAAAGGUUGGAGGAACAAGCGAAGAAGGUCGUGAUAUCGUCCAAGCGAUUAUUAGCAGUGAUCUUUCAGCAAACAAACCGGUCCACUUUUUCGAUUGCAAUAUCCAUGCUAGAGAAUGGAUUACAGCGGCUACUUGCGUGUGGAUCAUCGACCAGAUAACAACUGGAUAUGGCUCCGAUCCGGAGAUUACUUCGCUCGUUGACCAGUACGAUUGGAAAUUUGUUCCUAUUGCCAAUCCAGAUGGAUACGCCUAUACUUGGAAUACUGAUCGCAAUUGGCGGAAGAAUCGUCUUGUUAACAAUGGAUCGACGUGCGUCGGUGUCGAUGCUAACCGCAAUUUUCCGAUCGGUUUUGCUGGAUCUGGUUCCUCCAGCGAUCCCUGUUCAGGAACUUAUCAUGGAAUUGCCGCAUUCUCCGAGCGCGAGGCCAGCGCCCUUAGAGACUUGAUUGCCGCUGAUCGUGGCAGAGUUAAAACAGCUAUCUCUAUGCAUUCUUAUUCACAAAUGUUUCUUUCACCUUACGGCUACACCACCGAUUUACCUGCGGAAUAUCCUGAGAUGUUCCGUGCCAUGGAAAUCGCUGUGAAUGCGUUAACAUCCACGUACGGGACACCCUAUACCUACGGAAAUACCGCUGUUACCAUUUACAUAGCAUCUGGUGACACCACGGAUCAUUACUACGAGAGCGAAGGGGUUGUUCAUUCAUACACUAUAGAACUUCGAGACUCGGGUACUUAUGGUUUCCAAUUACCGCCCGAUCAAAUUGUUCCAACGGCCACCAAAACCUGGAAUGGAUUGAAAGCAAUGAUCAAUGCUAUUUGAGAGUCGUUUGUAACGUCUUCCCCAUUGUAGUUAACGCAGAAUAAAACGAAAUGCCACUUUG